AAUCAAACCGGCGUCGUUUCUCUCAUCUCCCUCCUCUCCUCCUCAAAUCAAAUCUUUCUCAGAAGUUCAUAGUCUGUACGUUCUCAUUUCCAUAACAAUUGGCUAAGGAGAGGAAGAGUAAGAUCUCUACUCCAACAAUGGAAAAUUCAAAGGUUCAAGAGAUUAUAGAGAAGCAAGUACUUACAGUAGCAAAGGCUGUGGAGGACAAGCUAGAUGAAGAGAUCGCCGCACUAGAGCGCCUUGAUGUUGACGAUAUAGAAGCAUUGAGAGAGAGGCGGCUUAUGCAGAUGAAGAAAAUGGCGGAGAAGCGUAGCCGUUGGAUCUCCCUAGGCCAUGGCGAAUACUCCGAGAUCCAUUCUGAGAAGGACUUCUUCUCCAUUGUCAAAGCCAGUGACCGUGUCGUUUGCCAUUUCUAUCGCGAGAAUUGGCCCUGCAAGGUGAUGGACAAGCACUUGAGUAUAUUGGCAAAGCAACAUAUAGAGACACGUUUUGUGAAAAUUCAUGCUGAGAAAAGUCCAUUUUUGGCUGAGAGACUCAAGAUUGUGGUUCUUCCAACCCUUGCUCUUAUAAAGAAUGCCAAAGUGGAUGAUUACGUGGUGGGGUUUGAUGCGCUCGGUGGGACAGAUGAGUUUAGCACGGAGGAAUUAGAGGAGAGGUUGGCUAAAGCUCAAGUCAUUUAUUUUGAGGGUGAAUCAUCUAUAAAUACAUCAAAAUCUAGCACACAAACUAGGAGGAGUGUGAGGCAAAGUGAAAGCCACGACUCAUCGGAUUCAGACUAAACUUUUAUUCCCGAAGCCUAUGUUGUUAUCUACAUAUGUAUAAUUUCAUUCAAUAGGUAUGAUUGUUGCAUUGAUGUUGGAAAGUAUUGAAGUUUCAUCUGCUAUAUUGGGGUGGCAAUGUUAUAUGAUUUUUGUCUUCUGUUAUUAUUGUGGGAUCAAUCUUAUCAUCAGUUGAUGGUUUGUAGGUGCUAUUAAUUCCUAAUUUGCUAUUGUACUAUUAAAGCAACUAUCAGGUUUUAGAUGAGUUGGAUUUUUUUCGUAAUGGGCAAUGAAGCUUUAGAAAUCA